AUGAUUUCAAAUAAUCGUCACGGGGUAGUUUUCCACCCCCAUCUAUGGCGGCGGAAGGUUUCUUCAUCCUGUUGGUUGGCUAAACCGAGUGAUAGCUCAUGUCUAAAGGCUACACAGCCUCAGUGGUGUCACGUUCUGCUUUUCUACCUACCUUCUGGCACAUGCUCAAGUAGUUCCCGCAUCAACCCGUCGCCAUCCAGCUUCAUCCGCUUGGCGACCUCAUCCAUCACCCGGCCUCGCUCACAUGCAAUAUCCAACACAACGCAACCAACAAUAAAACCCGCACCUGACGUCAACAGCGGCGAUCAGUCCCUGCGUAAAGAAGGGAAAGUAGAGAGAGUCUCCCCUUCUGCUCUCAAAGCUUCAAUCUGCAUACACUAUAUACACGUCUGA